CUGGGCGGUGGCGGCAGCGCGCGGGCGCGGCACCCGGAAGUCGGCGGCGGCGGAGGCGACCGUGUGACCCCGUGUGAGCAAAGCCACCCUCCGGGACCCAUGUGCAUUAUCUUCUUUAAGUUUGAUCCUCGCCCCGUUUCCAAAAAUGCAUACAGGCUCAUCCUGGCAGCCAACAGAGAUGAAUUCUACCACAGACCAUCCAAGUUAGCAGACUUCUGGGGGAACAACAAUGAGAUCCUCAGCGGGCUUGACAUGGAGGAAGGCAGGGAAGGAGGCACGUGGCUGGGCAUCAGUACACGCGGGAAGCUGGCGGCCCUCACCAACUACCUGCAGCCACGGCUGGACCGGGACGCCAGGGGCCGAGGUGAACUUGUGGCCCACUUUCUGACCACAGACGUGGACAGCUUGACCUACCUGAAGAAAGUCUCCGCAGAGGGCCACCUGUACAACGGCUUCAACCUCAUAGCAGCCGACCUGAGCACAGAAAAGGGAGAUGUCAUCUGCUACUAUGGAAACCGGGGGGAGCCGGAGCCUGUUGUCCUGGCGCCAGGGACCUAUGGGCUGAGCAAUGCGCUGCUGGAGACGCCCUGGAGGAAGCUGUGCUUUGGGAAACGGCUUUUCCUGGAGGCUGUGGAGCGGAGCCAGGCACUCCCUAAGGAUGUCCUCAUCGCCCAGCUCCUGGACGUGCUCAACAACGAGGAGGCGCAGUUGCCGGACCCGGCCAUCGAGGACCAGGGCAGGGAGUACGUGCAGCCCAUUCUGAACAAAUAUGCAGCUGUGUGUGUGCGUUGCCCAGACUAUGGCACCAGAACCAACACGAUCAUCCUUGUGGAUGCAGACGGGCAUGUGACCUUCACAGAGCGCAGCAUGCUGGACAAGGAUCCUUCCCGCUGGGAGACCAGCACCCAUGAGUUUAGGCUGCAGAGCUAAGUCCCACCCCUGGGAGUGGCCAGUGGCCCUGCCUUGAGGGGUGGAUGGGAAUCUUCCACAGCACAUGCCCUGCCUGUGACUCAGCCAGUAUGCCCCAGGACCAGGGCCCUCUGAUUUGUGUGUGAUCCAUCUGUGUCCCUGUAUCCAGCUCGAGGUCCACUCUUAUGCUAGUGGGAGUGACAGAAUCCCACAGCCAGGUCAGGGGUAGACCCAGGUGUGCUGUGCAUGUGUGAAUGCAUCUGGACCUACCCCUGCCCGUGCAUAGAGACACACAUGCAGGCACGUGCUUACAUAUAUACCUACAGGUGCACAGGCACGCAUGGACACCCACAGGGCAUGCACACAGGCAUACACAUACACAUGCACAGGCAACAGAUGUGUGCACACAUGCUGGGACACACAUACGUGUGUACGUGCCAGACAGGCAGAGGUAUGCCUCACACACCUGCAUGUUCAUCUCUCCAGUGGGUCUUUGCUUUGAUCAAAACAAUAGGAGUAGACCUUUGUUUCGAAGAGCCUCCUCCUCUCGUGGGUAUAGUCCAGUUCCUGACAACCAGACCUGCUCUUGGAGAGACAAGCCACAUUUGGAAUGAGAAAUGAGGAAGACCUGAGAAAAACCUACUCUCGUAACAGAAGCAGAGUCUGGUUGGUGGAUCCAGUGGUCCUGUGUGCACUAGGGGGUCCAGUGUGCAUAGGGCUGUCCUGUGGGGGGUGGUUCUGCAUACACCAGGGGUCCUGUGUGCGCCAGGAGGUCCUGUGUGCAUAGGGCUAUCCUGUGGGGGGUGGUCUUGCAUAUAUUAGGGGUCCUGUGUGUGCUGGGCACCUCUGCAACCUGUCAGGCCUGCUUUCCAUUGGGGGCCAUGGGUCCUGGGCAGGCCUACCUCAGCGAAGGGACACAACAAGCCCCUGCCCUUCCCUUUUCCCUGGGGAGUCAGACUUCAUAGGAAUCUGUACUUGAAGUGAGAUGUUGAUAAUAAAACCUGAGGCUGUGGUGAGUCCAUGCA